CAUAGUAACGGUACUGGAUUUAACCAAGGAGACUCCAUAUACUGUUUAUACCCACGCCAGAACCAAUUUCAAAAUUGGUUCGGACCGGAUAUCAAACCUAAGGCCUAGUCAAGAUGCAAACAGAUUGCCACCGGGAUCGCUACAUUAAAUAUUUACAAAACAAGUUCUUAAAAGGCCAUGCCAUUCCAAAGAGUAUGGGAUUCGUCGUGUCCUCAAAUCUACGACAAAUGGGAAUCAGACGGAGCAAACUGGGUAAUCCAAGACCUACUUCCUGAAGACGACGACGAGGCCUUGAAGUUGAUGAUGGAAAAUUUAUUGCCCGAUGACGAAACUAUGCUCACGCUUAGUGGAAUACCAGAAGAAGAAUCAAGUAAACAAAACAUGCAGACAUUUUGGAGACAUCAUCUAUCAAAGCGCAUGGCCCUCGCCUGCUACCACCUCAAAGAAGGAAAGAGAACUUUGGCAGGUCUCAACUGCUGCUACGUAAUGCUAGCCGACGAAAAGGAAACUAUUCCUGGUAUGGUAGAAGGAGUUUGGUAUAAUCCGUUCUAUCACUUUCAGGUAGACGGAGCAGCGUGGCGUAACGUUGUUGACACUUUAGCUUACAUCGAUUCAAAACUAAAUGCUUUCAAAUAUUUGGAAACUGAUAAACUACUCUAUGCCGUUGGUUUGGUGGUAAGAAGAGACUACAGAGGUGCUAAACUUGGGUCCAGGUUGUUGGCUGCGCGAGAACCCUUGUGCAAGUCUCUGGGCAUCCCAACCACGUCAACGGUGUUCACUGGAGUUGCGUCCCAGAAAAGCGCGGCCCGAGCGGGCUUCACCGAAGUCCUGAGUGUCACCUUGAGGGAGCUAGCUGACGCCGGUCUUACCUAUCCAAGAGACGAUCGGUGCAUAAAGCUCAUGGUUAAAAAAAUGUGGGACUCGUCGUGUCCUCAAGUCUACGAUAAAUGGGAGUCAGACGAAGCAAGCUGGGUGAUCCAGGAUCUACUUCCUGAAGAUGACGAUGAGGCCUUGAAGUUAAUGAUGGAAAACUUAUUGCCUGAUGAAGAAACUUUGUUCAGGCUUAGUGGAGUAUCAGAAGAAAAAGCAAGCAAACAAAACAUGCAAAGAUUUUGGAAACAUCAUCUAUCAAAGCGCAUGACUCUCGCCUGCUACCACCUCAAAGAAGGAAGGCGAACUUUGGCAGCUCUUAACUGCUGCUACGUAAUACUUGCUGAUGGUUUCAUCAGCAUAAUCUCGGAGAAUAUACCGGGUAUGGUAGACGGAGCAGCGUGGCGUAACGUUGCUGAGACUUUAGUUUACAUCGAUUCGAAAUUAAAUGCUUUCAAAUAUUUGGAAACUGACAAACUACUCUAUGCUGUUGGCUUGGUGGUGAGGAGAGACUACAGAGGUGCUAACCUUGGGGCCAGAUUGUUGGCAGCUCGAGAGCCCUUGUGCAAGUAUCUGGGCAUCACAUGUACGUCAACGUUGUUCACUGGAGUUAGGUCGCAGAAGAGCGCGGCCCGAGCGGGGUUCACCGAAGCUCUAAGCGUCACUUUGGGGGAGCUAGCCGACGCCGGUCUCAACUAUCCAAGAGACGAUCGGUGUAUGAAGAUCAUGGUUAAGAAGUAUGCUUAA